AUGCGCAUUGGCAUGUUCAUCCACCAUGUUUCAUUCCCACGACCUCCUCGUCGCACCUUCGUACGAUCCAUCCCGUCCGGAUCGUCACGAAUUGAUUUGUACUUCUACUGUCCACCCGAGUACUCUCAAGAUAUUAAAGAAGGUCGCAGAUUUCCAGUAGUGGUUAAUUUUCAUGGCGGUGGGUUCACUCUAGGAUGUCCGACCGACGAUAGUCGCUGGGCCCAGUCCGUCCUGGCGGAAGUUGGCGCCGUCAUGGUCAGCGUCGGAUACCGUCGAGCCCCCGAACAUCCGUUUCCCGCCGCUGUAGAUGACGGGGUGCGAGCGAUCCAGUAUCUCUCCGCCCAUGCCAUUGAGCUAGGACUGGACGUCUCACGCAUUGCUCUCAGUGGGUUUUCGGCUGGUGGCAAUCUGGCAGUCACGGUACCUUUACGCCUCCGCAGUCUAAUGUGCCAGGAAUCCCGCGACCCAUGGCUGGAUCGCGCGGGGUCUACCGAACAGCUCGUCGAUGCUUCCGCCAGCGACGUCCACAUCGUUGCUCUCUUUUGCUGGUAUCCCAUCCUGGAUUUCGAAGAAUCCCGUGAGCAUCGGCGGAAUGCGAGUAUCAUGCCCGAUAAGACCCUCCCGGAGUUCUUCACCAAUUUAUUCGAUGAUGCAUACUUGCCGGAUCUUGCGGAACGCCGGUCACCAUAUGCAUCGCCCGUUCGGGCCGCCGAUGCCCUUCUCGCCGAUGCCCUUCCCCAUGACAUCUUUUUGUACAUCUGUGAAUGGGACAUGCUCCUCAAUGAAGGUCAGCAAUUCGUGCGUCGUUUACAAAAUAUUAACAAACAUGUCCGCGCCAUGAUGAUUGAGAAAGUACCGCAUGCCUGGGACAAGUCCCCGAACCCCUGGCGUGAUCAGGAACAGGUAGAUAUCCUUUAUCGCGACGCUUGCGCCGACAUGAAAGCCAUUUUUAAUGCGUAG